CACCCCGCUGCUGAGCGAAGCACCGAACAUCGGGAUGACCGAUUACGACGUUCUCACGCUCCAAACGAGAAUGGGUCUUGACGUCCCGACAAGCAAUCAGCGUCCGCCAAUUUUCGGAGCUUCGCCUGGUCUUAUUACGUCCCGAUAGAGAUUUGGCCGCGUUGACCUCCCGUGCCGCUCCGAUUUCUCGUCAACCGCUCUACUACAUCCAUGAACUCCCUCGUCCUCCCUCUCCUCCGGUCGCGCAUCACAAACAACAGCACCGCCAGAAGAGGCUUCAACUCGACCACCAUGACACUCAGUAGCAAGAUCAAACCCGCGGCCCGUGUUGCCGGCCGGCGGCAAGACGUAUGGUCCAUCAUAAACGAGGCCGCUGCCGCUUCGCCCAAACAGCCCAUCGUCAACAUGGGCCAGGGCUUUUUCGGCUAUAACCCGCCAGAGUUUAUCCUCAACGCCGCGAAGCAGGCUCUGGACCGCGUUGAGUGCAAUCAGUACAGCCCUACCAAGGGUCGCCCUAGGUUGAAAAAGGCGAUUGCCGAUGCUUACUCCCCUUACUGGGGUCGCAAGCUGGACCCUGAGACCGAGGUUACCAUCACCACUGGCGCAAACGAGGGUAUGCUCAGUGCCUUUAUGGCGUUCAUCGAGCCUGGCGAUGAGGUCAUUGUCUUUGAGCCCUUCUUUGAUCAGUAUAUCAGCAACAUCGAGAUGCCCGGCGGCAAGAUUACAUAUGUUCCCUUGCAUCCUCCUGCGGACGGUGCUACGGCAACGUCGUCCGCCGCUAGUUGGACCAUCGACUUCGACGAGCUCGAGCGCGCCAUCACAGCCAAGACCAAGAUGAUUGUCCUCAACACACCACAUAACCCUGUGGGCAAGGUCUUCUCCAGGGAGGAGCUCCAAAAGAUCGGUGACCUCUGCGUCAAACACGAGAUCAUCAUCCUUUCCGACGAGGUCUACGACCGCUUGUACUACGUCCCCUUCACGAGAAUAGCCACGCUGUCUCCAGAGGUUGAGCGUCUUACUAUCACCGUCGGUUCUGCAGGCAAAAACUUCUACGCCACAGGCUGGCGUGUCGGUUGGCUCAUGGGCCCCGCCGAGCUCAUUCAGCACGUCUCCGCUGCUCACACCCGUAUCUGCUACUCUUCCGUGUCACCUCUACAAGAGGCAUGCGCUGUUGGUUUUGAGGAAGCUGAGAAGCAGGGCUUCUGGGACGAGACCAUCAAGGACAUGAAGGGCAAAAUGGACCGCUUCAACGAGGUAUGGAAGGAGCUCGGUAUGCCGUACUCGGAGCCCGAAGGUGGUUACUUCGUUCUCGUCAACAUGGCCAAGGUCAAGCUGCCCGACGACUACCCCUUCCCGGCCCAUGUCGCCAGUCGCCCUCGCGACUUCAAGCUCGCUUGGUUCCUUAUCCAGGAGGUCGGCGUCGCCGCCAUCCCACCCACCGAGUUCUACACCGAUCCCAACGCCCACAUCGCCCAGGACUACAUCCGUUUCGCUGUUUGCAAGGAGGACGAGGUGCUUGAGACGGCCAAGGAGCGCCUCCGCGGGCUGAAAAAAUACAUUCAGGAAUAGACGUGCAUCAUCGCAUACCAGUGAGGGAGUUAUAGAUAAGAGUCAGACGGCAUGUACCACGCGAUCUGGAUACUUUUUUUGUUGUACACAGGUUGAAUAGACAAAACUUUAAGCUGCAGAAA